AUGGCGAAACCUUCAUUCCUCCUCCUCCCUCUGUUCCUCCUUUUUAUACUAGCACUAUUUUCAACACGCGCCGCCGCCAUCGGAGGAUUGAUUGGGGGAAGAACGAAGGUCAAGGACGUGAAAACCAACAAGGAAAUACAAGAUCUAGGGAAAUUCUGCGUGGAAGAGUACAACCGGAAACAGCAGUACACGGCCAGAAGCAGCAAGCUUCUGAUGUUCUUAGAGGUUGUGGAGGCGGAGAAGCAAGUGGUUUCCGGCAUCAAAUAUUAUCUCAAAAUUUCUUCCACCACUUACAGCGGAGCUCCCAAAUUAUUUGAUGCGGUUGUGGUGGUUAAGCCGUGGGUCGAUUCAAAAGAGUUACUCAAAUUUGCCCCUUCCUCUUCCACUAACAUUAAGCAGUUUUGGUAA